UCCAUAUCUACUCAAGCACAUACUUUCAUAUCCAUCUCGAACUAUUACUCAAUCAAAAUGUCGGAACGCAGCACUGUCCAUGUGUCGGGAAUCUCAUCCGCCACCACUGAUAAGGAGGUCAAGGACUUCUUCAGCUUCUGUGGAAAGAUUACUUCGAUCUCUGUGACUCCUGUUUCUGGUGAGAAGGAUGCGACCAAGUCCGCAACGGUGACGUUUGAGAAAGAAGCAGCAGCAAAGACCGCCUUGCUCCUGGAUCAAACCCAAUUGGGUCCCUCCACAGUGCAUGUCACCGCCGCUCACUCCCUUGACGAGAUCGCUGGAGAACAUGCGGCCACCCCCGGAGAGGCCAAGGAUGAGAACGGCCAGGACCUCGAGCAGGAAGACAAGCCCAAGUCCCGGAUUGUCGCAGAGUACCUUGCCCACGGCUACGUGAUCAGCGACAACGCCAUCCAAAAGGCUAUCGCCCUGGACAAGAAGCACGGCUUCUCCUCCCGCUUCACAUCGGCCUUGACCAACUUCGACCAGAAGUACCAUGCUACCGAUCGUGCCAAGGGGAUUGACGAAAGCUACAAGAUUACCGACAAGGCAGCCAGUGGCUGGCGCGGUCUCAACUCGUACUUCGAGAAGGCUUUGGGUACCCCAUCUGGCAGGAAGCUCCGCGAUUUCUACGUGCAGACUGACAAGCAGGUUCGCGACAUCCAUAACGAGGCCCGCAGACUCGCAGACUUGCAGAGCGGAAAGCAGACAGAGGAUGCUCCUGCUGCGGCCGGUGCAGAGGCUGCCAACGUUACUCCUAGCGCUGCGCCGACAUCGCAACCGGCGGGUGCUGCACCCCCCGCUGAGCCCAAGGCGUGAUUAGGGAUUAGUGAUUAAGCAGAUUAUGAUUUAUUUAUGUAUUGCUCGCAAGCCGAUUGUUUGUUCUUAUUGAAAUUCCCCAGUAUCUGGUGUUUCACGGCAAUUCAUGAGAAGUAAUUCACAGAAGAGUUUUGUAAUCGCAGUCACUACCAAAGGAACCUCUCUCCUGUACUUAACACCCCUUGAAAACUUUUCAUCAUCGACCUCCCAGGAGGAGAACGAAAGGAGAAUACUUGUUCAAUAAUCGUAGGUUUCAUUCACACAUCAAGUGGGGUCU